UGUGGAGCAAUAAUGCCAUUAGAUAGGUUCGUCGUCGUCGUCAAUUUUUGUUUUGUCCGAACGUUUCUGGGUGCUGUCUGAUUGCGUGUGUGUGUUUUUGGGGGUCACCGACUGAUCCCCACCUUCCGCAACAAAAUUUUUGCCAUUUUUUUUUAAAUAUAUUUCGUCGGUCUGUUCCUCCUCUUCCUCCUCCUCUUGCUCCACCAUCGAAAAAUCGGAGGCGGUCCUUCGCACACGUCGCACGCGCUCCUCCUCAGUCCGCCCCAAAGUUCUGGCAACGUCGCGCGCGCGUGUGUGUAUUUUUGCUGCCGUAGUGUGUGGUGAUCUUUUGCGAAAACUAAUCAACACACACCCCCCGGGUUAUCCUCAUCCUUAUCAUCACCAUAGAUCAUCGAUCAUCAUGCAUCUAGUCUAGCGAGAUUUAGCCAUUUGCCGGUUUAAUCUACUUUUCAUUGGUACACACACACAUCUAUAUAAUAUUUUUGAAAAUAAUCAAAAGGAAACGCGAGACUAUGUGGAGCGGGACGAAUCACCGCAAAAUCUGGACGUACUUCUUCGCCAAACCGGAGAAGGCUCUGGAUUAUUACAAGUUCAUCGGGUACGAGCUGCCCGACAGUCGUCUCAGGCUGCCGGUGGUGAGUGACUGCUCGACCGCUCAGACGGCACGGGUAAGUUCCAACCUGCACUCCACGAGCAGUAUGGCCGUGAGCCGUGUGCCGAGCCCCCCGCCGCAGGAAGUUAAUACCCCAGUCGCAGAGAAUUGGUGUUACACUCAGGUAAACAGAGAAUAUCUCUCUCAUAUAAAAGAUAUUUAUUGCAAGCGAAUGCAUGCAACAACCCUUUACCUUCCUCCUACCUACCGUCCUCCAAAAAUUCAGGUGAUGCCCCUUUCAAAACAUUCCUCAGAAAUCGGCUUUUUGGAGCUUUUCCAAUUUGAUGCCAAUUGA